AAAUCAGGGAAUCUUCAAGGCUGGAAAGACCUCCAAGAGCAUCUCACCAUAACCCAAAUCCCCUGGAGCCACACGAGCCCGCAGAGGAGGGAUCGCCCGGACCUCCGGCGCCCCCCAUCCCGGUCCGGCCCGGGAUGCUGCGCGGUGCUGAGCACUGAGGGGCACCAUGGGGUGCGCGGCGUAGCCCCCCGCCGUGGCCGCCCCGCCGUGGCCACCCCGCCGUGGCCCCCGCGUGGCGCCGGAGCCCCCCCGGUCGGUGCUGAGCGCUCCUUGAUGGAAUUGCGGUGAAUGGAACAGAAGCCCAGCACCCUGGACCCGCUGUCGGAGCCAGAGGACACCCGGUGGCUGGAUGGGAAGCGCAAAAGAAAGAGCAGCCAAUGUUUGGUGAAGAGCAGCAUGUCAGGGUACAUCCCUAGUUACCUGGACAAAGAUGAACAGUGCGUGGUGUGCGGGGACAAGGCCACCGGCUACCACUACCGCUGCAUCACCUGCGAGGGCUGCAAGGGAUUUUUCCGUCGGACCAUCCAGAAGAACUUGCACCCCACCUACUCCUGCAAAUACGAUGGGUGCUGCGUCAUCGACAAGAUCACCCGCAACCAGUGCCAGCUCUGCCGCUUCAAGAAGUGCAUCUCCGUGGGCAUGGCCAUGGACCUGGUGCUGGAUGACUCCAAGCGGGUAGCCAAGAGGAAGCUGAUCGAGGAGAACCGGGAGCGGCGGCGGAAGGAGGAGAUGAUCAAAUCCCUGCAGCACCGCCCCAACCCCAGCGCCGAGGAGUGGGAGCUGAUCCAUGUCGUGACAGAAGCCCACCGCAGCACCAAUGCCCAGGGCAGCCACUGGAAGCAGAAGCGGAAAUUCCUGCCUGAGGACAUCGGCCAGUCCCCCAUGGCCUCCAUGCCCGACGGGGACAAAGUCGACCUGGAGGCGUUCAGUGAGUUUACAAAAAUCAUCACCCCGGCCAUCACCCGCGUGGUCGACUUUGCCAAAAAACUGCCCAUGUUUUCAGAGCUGCCUUGUGAGGACCAGAUCAUCCUGCUGAAGGGGUGCUGCAUGGAGAUCAUGUCGCUGCGGGCGGCCGUGCGCUACGACCCCGAGAGCGAGACGCUGACGCUGAGCGGGGAGAUGGCCGUCAAACGCGAGCAGCUCAAGAACGGCGGCCUCGGCGUCGUCUCCGAUGCCAUCUUCGACCUGGGCAAGUCCCUCUCUGCCUUCAACCUGGAUGACACCGAGGUGGCCCUGCUCCAGGCUGUGCUGCUCAUGUCCUCAGACCGGACGGGGCUGAUCUGCGUGGAGAAGAUCGAGAAGUGCCAGGAGACCUACCUGCUGGCCUUUGAGCACUACAUCAACUACCGCAAACACAACAUUCCCCACUUCUGGCCCAAGCUGCUGAUGAAGGUGACGGAUCUGCGGAUGAUCGGCGCCUGCCACGCCAGCCGCUUCCUGCACAUGAAGGUGGAGUGUCCCACCGAGCUCUUCCCCCCCCUCUUCCUCGAGGUCUUCGAGGACCAGGAGGUGUAGGGCUGACACCCCCCACCCUGUGCCCCCCACAACCCCGCUCUGGCCCGCCCCCCAAAUCUUUCUCGUCCCCCUGUAAGGACAAGGGGAUGCUGCGCCCAGGGUGGGGGUCCUGCUGUGCCCCCCAACAGCCACCCCCUCCCCCCCGCCCCAGGACUUGACGAAUUUUGUUUGUUUGCACAGGGAAGGGCCCCGACGGUCGAGCGUUCCCUUUAUUGUCCUUCUCUUCGUAGAUUAUUAUUUUUUAAGCAUUUAUUUCCCUCCCUGAGAGGCUAAAAUAUUAAACUAACUGCACUUUGGAAGGAGGAGGAGGAGGAGGAGGAAGAGCAGGGAGGAGAGGAGGGGGCUCUGGGCUGCACAGGGAGAGGCUGCCCCGGCUGGGGGGCCGUGGCCAUAUGCACUUUUGGCCGGGCAGCAAUUUGGGGGGCUGGGGUGGGGGCCAGGACCCUCCCCCAUAGCAGGGCAGGGGCUGGGACCCCCAUCCCCCAUAGUGGGGUGAGGGCCAGGACCCCCCCCACAGCAGGGCGGGGGCACAGGGGGGGCACAGCAGUGGCAGGGGGGACCCCAGCCCAUCGGGGUGCAGGGCUGGUGGACCCCCCCACAGCGCACUGGGGUCUGCCCCGGCUGGGGUGACCCCCCUGUGUCCCCCUCUUAUCCCCAGAUUUGGGGCCAGAAUUGGGGUUUUGGGGGUUCUCUUGUCUUUUUUGGGCUGAGAGGAGACGAUUUUUGUGCCAAGCGCCGCGGAUGGUGGGCGCUGCAGGACACUGGGGGGGGCCACUCCCCCCCCAACCCCCCCAACCUUUCCGUUGUCCUUUUUUUUUUUGUUGUUGUUUUUCCCCUUGUCCUCGUGGGUUUUGUCGUGUCCGUCAGGAGUUGCAAAGGCCCCGGAGGCGCCGGCUGGGGGGGGGGCGGUGGGUGCCCCCCCCGGGACCCCCCACUGCACUACUGCCCCGGCCCCCCGGCAGCAGCACUUUGGGGGGGCUGCACCCCCCAAUGCCCCCCCAGUGCUCCCGGGGGGGCCGGGCUGAGGCGGGGGCCGGCAGGGGGGAUCCCACGUGAGGUUUGGGGAGGGGGGCACAGCUGCGAGGGGGCACCCGGGAAUGGUUUUAUCACCUUUUUAAUCCCCCCCCCCAAAAUUUAGGUUUGUGAAUUUUUUCUUACCUCAGGCGGAGGCCGAGGGGGGGUGCGGGCCGGGGGGGGGCCGGCAAGGCAGGCCGGGCCCACCUAAGCUAAUAUA